AUGCAUGUUCUUUCGACCAUCCUGCCCGCUCUGGGCUUGUUAGCCCAUGUAUCUUCCGCCGCUUACACCCUACGCGACGACUACGGUACCUCCGACUCGUUUUUUGACAGGUUCAACUUCUACACGGACACCGAUCCCACCAAUGGCUUUGUGAACUACAUCGACCGUAACACUGCCUCGCGCAACGGUCUCAUCAACACGGGCAACGGCGUCUAUAUCGGCGUCGACCACACCAACACCGCCAACGCGCCUGGUCGUCAGAGCAUCCGCCUGGAGAGUACCACCACCUACAAGCAUGGACUUGUUAUUCUCGAUCUCGCCCACAUGCCCAGCAGUACAUGCGGCAGCUGGCCCGCCUUCUGGAUGCUCGGCUCUAACUGGCCCAACAACGGCGAAAUCGACAUAAUCGAAGGCGAACCCUCCAGACCGCAAACUGCUACGUCCAAGCCCCCCGGCCAAUCCGCAAACAGCGGCUGCACAAUCCAAAGCGACAGCACCCAGUCCUACGGCACAGGAUUCAACAACGCCGGCGGCGGGGUCUACGCAACCGAAUGGACCGGCUCCGCCAUCUCAAUCUGGUUCUUCCCCUCCUACGCCGUGCCAGGCGAUAUCUCAUCUGGAAAUCCUAACCCGGCGGCCUGGGGUGCACCCACAGCCCGCUUUGCCGGUGGCUGCGAUAUCAACUCGCAUUUCAACGAUAUGCAGAUCGUCUUCGAUGUCACCUUCUGUGGAGACUGGGCGGGCUCGGUUUGGGGUUCGUCGGGUUGUGCCAGUCGUGCUGGUUCGUGUGUCGAUUACGUGCAGAAUAACCCGACCGCUUUCCAGGAGACUUACUGGCGGGUGCGGUCGCUUAAGGUUUAUCAGGAUUGGACUAGUUCUGUUACUGAUGCUGAUGCUGAUGCUGAUGCUGAUGCUGGGGGGUCGAGGUCGAUGUGGAGGUCGGGGCUGAGGGUGCGGAAGUGGAGGCGGGUGUUUCUUGGGAUCCUAUGGGGUUGUUUGAGCGCCCUGCGCAGAAGACUUCUAUGA